AUGUUUGCUUCUGUGUUCAUUUUGUGUCUUCUGACGUCCCUUGCUAGCGCAGCUCUCACCUCCAUCGACCAGACGAGAUAUGAGGAGUUUGUAUCAAAUGGGGGAUCAAGUUUGGUCCUUUUCACUGCUGGAGGAUGCGCAGCGUGUGAUGUUGCAGUGAAUGAGCUGGAGCAGACACAACUAGACAUGGAAGUUAUUAUCGGCAUGGUCAAUUGUGCCGAGGAUCCGGUCAUCUGUGACGAAAAUCACAUCUUUGCUGUCCCUGCUUUGAUGCUCUCAGUCGGUGAUAGUACAAUGACCAAGUAUCGUGAACGCUUGAACAGUCUAUCGGUUACAUCUUUCAUGAAGAGACAAUUUAGCCCAGCUGUCGCGGAGCUUGCAGGCCUGAAAGGCUAUGAUCUCCAAGAUCCCACUGCCAUCACUGUUGUAGCUCUUCUUGAAGCUGAUGAUGCUGCUUCGCGCGCCACGUUUGAAACAGUUGCCGCGAAGUUGCGCACGCAUUACGCCUUCGCUGUGUGUACAUUUAAGUGCAUUGCCAAGUUAGAAAGCGUUAUUCUGCCAUCUAUUAUUGUUUACAAGCCCUUUGACGAUAAAAAAACAAUCCACACAGACUCAUUCUCACAGGAAGCCAUUGAGAACUUCCUGGAAAAAGCGACCACACCCUUGAUCCAAGAGAUGGACCCAAUUUUGUAUGAUGACCUUGUAGAGGUUGGCAAGCCACUUGCUUUCAUUCUCACCAAUUCCCUGGACGACAAAUACGACUUAGUAGAGCAACUCUAUCCUUUAGCCAACCGAACCAAAGAUAAAAUCACGUUCUUGUCAGUGAACACCAAUGAUUAUCCCAAGAGAGGACAAGUCCUCGGGCUCGGAGAAACCUCAACUCGCGGAUUUGCAAUUGAAGAUGUACAGAAUACCCGAGUAUAUCCGUUAUUAGUAGAUACCCUUUCUUCUAUCUCCAUAGAACUUUUUGUCCAGCAAUACCUCAACAACUCACUGAGUCCCGUUAUAAGAUCGGAUCCGGCGCCAAAGCUAUGGUCGGAGUCGUCAUCCGUGGUUACUUUGGUAGGCAGUAACUUCGAAGAUUGUGUUAUGGACGAGUCAAGAGAUGUACUUGUCGAAUUCUCCGUCCCAUGGUGCGACUAUUGCUUGGCUCUGCACAAAGUUAUGGAUAAGCUAGGACAAAGAUAUGCUCAACUCAAGAUGUCAGACAAGGUUACGUUGGCGAAGAUUGAUGUCAAUUCUAAUGAUGUGCCGGUGCGAAUUACUGGGUACCCUACGCUUAUAUUAUUUCGUGCUGGUGAUAACAAAGAGGUGCAUUUUGAUGGUACAUUCUUCGAGCUUCUGACUGAGGAGCAGCUGGCUAGGUUUAUCAGCACGAACAGUGUGAAUGAGCAAAUAGCACCUCUUAUAGAACCGGAGCAAAGGAGUAUUGAGGAUGCUAUAUCAGUUGGGAAAGAUGAGCUUUGAAAUGGAAAGCGCAAU